AAGGGGUUUGAUCUCCGUUUGGUUUCGAGGGAUGGAAUCGCAACCAUCGGGUAAGACCCGAAGGUCACUGAAACCGAUAAAUAGGGUUUAUUUCCGCCUGUGCAACUCCAAAUCGUUGAAAUAUCUCUCCCUGUUCUGCUCAACUAUCAACCCUUCCCUUCUCGGUCACCAAUGGUUUUCGAUACCUCCCAUGCAAAUCUGAACGCGCUCGAAUUCGAGGUUUUCGGCGUGGAUUCACGGACGGGGUUUAUGCCUCUUCGGCCGCCUGUUGGUCGUUUACCAGCACUCUGGGAAGUAUGGGAGGAGCUUUUAGAUGAUGCCCGGCACGAACACCUCCAACCUGGGGAUAAAUCGGGGCUAUCAUUUGCGGAAAUGGCGCGCUCUGAACGAUGGCGAAAUAGUCUUCGUCAGAUACCUUUAUUGCCUAUAGAUGAUUUAGAAACAUCUCAGGAACUCCUUCGUCGUGCGCAUUUAGUGCUAACUUUCCUUAUGCACUUUUACAUUCAUACUCUGCCUCCCAAUUCUCCGGUGGUGAUACCACAGCCAAUAUCAAUACCGCUUCUUCAAGUCGCGAAGGUUCUAGAUUUGCCUCCCGUCGUCACAUUCUCUGACACUGUUCUGUAUAACUGGUGUUUAACCGUGUCUUCUUCUGAUACCGAUUCCCUCAAAUCACUCAAUCCAGACGCCAUCCGAUGUCAAACCCUUUUUACUGAUACCCCCGACGAAUCUGCCUUUUACCUCUGCUCAGCUCGUAUCGAACUUCACGGUGUUCGAGCACUAAAUAUCAUGCGCUCAAGCAUGGAUGAAAUUUUCGUCGGAGAUGCUCUCGCCGUUGCCCGUCUCACCACGUACCUUAUCUCACUUUCCACUAUCAUUGGCGAACUCAAGUCACUCCUCCUUGACGUCAGAAAGGAAUGUGAUCCUGAAAUAUACUACAACGUUGUCCGUCCAUGGUUCAGAGGAGAGGACUCAGAUACCUAUCUGGAUCCGGGGUCAGGACAAAAGCGCCGAUGGAUAUUUGAGGGUGCAGGGGACUACACAGAUCUAAACAUGUUACCUCCCGACAGAGAGCUUUCGGGUGCAAGUGCCGGACAAAGUUCACUUAUCCAUGCACUGGACGUCUUUUUAGGUGUCAACCACGAGCGUCCGAAUUCUCCUUCAUUCAUGAAACGAAUGCAGCGAUAUAUGCCUCGCCAACAUCGGCAGUUUUUAAACCACCUAGCGAAGAACCCUCGUCCGUUACGAGAGUUUGUUAUGUCUGCUUCUUCAAUGGAUACAAACGAUGGAGCUUUGGCUUUGAAAGAGGCAUAUAAUCACGCUGUCAUGUCGUUGAAGGAAUUCCGGGACUCGCAUAUGAUCAUUGCGACAUUAUAUAUCAUAGGCCCAGCGAGGAGAGCGGCGGAAGUCGCUGCUACUUCUUUGGUAACAUCGAUUUCAGAGACAGAGGCGCAAGCGGGUCCAAAAGUUCCCAAUAUCGUUCAGACAGUCCCAAAAGCAACACAUACGCAGGUGACAGACGAUGCGACAGUGGGGAUCACUGGCACUGGUGGGACAGAUCUGGUGCAAUUUUUGAAGGGUGUGAGGAACCAAACCAUCCGUACUUUGCUCUCUGAUAAAUGAGAGCAUGCUGGAUCCUGUAACAUGCGUAGAGGUUAGAUAAUCCUGAACUGUCUGGACCAGAAUCGGGUUUGUAAAAAAUAAAGAUGAACGCUGGCAAUG